AUGAAGUGCCGAGUAUGUGGAGAUUCUCGUGCUGGUCGUCAUUAUGGUACAAUUGCCUGUAACGGUUGCAAAGGAUUUUUCCGGAGAAGUAUCUGGGAGCAACGUGAUUAUACGUGCCGCUUUGGCAGCAGAUGCCAAAUUGUACAGGAAUAUCGUAAUCGAUGCCGGGCUUGCCGUCUUCGGAAGUGCUUCGAAGUUGGAAUGGACGCUCGCUCUGUGCAGUCAGAACGGGAUAAACACAAGAAGAAAUCUGCUGGUCAAGGAUCUCCCAGUGCCGACGAAGGGACGGGACCGUCUACGUCUGUGUCGUCCAACAAGGUCCCGUUGAUGAUAUCGUUGAAUCCAAUGCUUUUGUCGCCGAGCAGCUCACAACAGCCAUCGAGUGCUCCGCCUUUCAUGACAAGUUGUCUGGGCGGUAAUGUCAAUCGUGCUUUUGCGGAAACAUUGUCACAGAGCCCACCGAAAACCUCUUCAUCCACUCACACUCCAUCGUCGGUACCAAUCUCACAUGUAGUGAAGCAGGACUCCCCACCACCAGCAUAUGCUUCAGCCUUCCACCCUGGGUACUCAAUUGUGCAGCACCUCAUUGAGCUGGAACGACAAACUGACAACAUGAUCGACGCUACAGAGGACUGCGACUUCAGCGAGCAGUUCAAUAAGUUAUGCAGAGUAGAUGUGACUAUCGAAGCCGCCUUCAAACAGCCAGGAAUCCCACGCUGGUUGGCUCUCGAACGUUUGACCAACCUUGAAGACGUCGGAAUCGCAUGGUGCCGCUCGUUUGUUUUAUGCGUUGACUGGGCAGCACUCAUGAGCUGUACAACGUCUCCCCUUAGUAAAGAACUGUGGUCGAGCGGGAAUCCGUCGACCCCCAGCACCAACUACAACACCCUCCCUCAUAUUGAGGACGACCUCAAUAAGAUUUUCAACGACGCAGCUCCUGGCGACCCCUACAAGAUUUCCAGGACGCAGUUCCUGCUCCAUAGGGCCCUUUCACCGGCGGAUCAAUACGUCUUACUCCGAAAUCGAGUUGUUUCGGUGAACUGGUUAUGUCACACGUACAAGACAUUCAAAAGUGGAUGCGAUGGUGUGGCGCUAGUGAAUGGUAGCUGGUACCCACGUGACAAAGAUCUACAGAAGACGUUGGAUCCUGGGUGCAAUCAUUACUUCUCGAUCCUUUCUGAACAUCUCAUGCAGGACCUAGUCUUUCCAAUGCGUGAGAUGAAUAUGAACGAGGGAGAGUUCUGUCUACUCAAAGUGCUCAUUCUUUUCCGCGUCGAUCACCGCCUGUCGGAAGAAGGCAAAUUACAUGUGACCAAAGUUCGUAACAAGUACAUCGACGCCCUCUAUCAUCACAUUCAACACGAGUACCCAUCUUACUCGGCUAUCGAAGUCGCCCAGCGAAUCUCAAAACUGCUAUUGCUUCUUCCCAGCAUUGAACAUUUGUCACAACAAGAAGACGAUAACGUCCAGUUUCUUGCUCUUUUCAAUUUGGCCAAUCUUAACGGACUUCCGUACGAGCUGCAUUCGGCAACCAAACAACAAAUCCGUGAUGAAGAUCCCACUCAGGUAGUAACUACUGAAGGCCAGUUCAUGCCGACUUUCUUUUAUUAG